AUGGCAUCAAAAUACACCCCAGCUACAUUGAACACAGUUCAUAUCUCAUCAUCUGUUUUGUUGUCAUUAUUAAGACACACUUCAGAACAUUACCCACAAUUAUUUUCAGGCGCAUUGUUAGGAUUUGAGGAUGAAAGUUUGAUAGACGUUACUCAUGGAUUCCCAUUCCCAUACCCUGAUCAAUAUGAAGGUGGAUCCUUUAGAUCAAGAAGUGGGGGUCAAUAUCAAAAGGAUUUGUUAGAAAAUUUUAAAAAAUUGGGCUAUGGUAUUGAAUUCUUGGGUUGGUUUCAAUCUACUGUUUCGGGCAACUUUGUUACCAACCAAUUAAUUGAAGGUUUGGCUCAACAACAAUUAACCAAUUCUAAUGCAUUUAUUUUGAUUAAUAACUUAUCGAGUGUUGGACAAGAAGUGUCUAUAAAGGCUUUAAGAUUAUCAACUGGGUUUAUGAAUGCUUAUGUAGACGGUAAAUGGAAAUCAAAGGAUUUGGAAUCCAAUAAGAUUUCAUAUUUGAAUAUUUUUGAAGAAUUAAACUUGGAAAUAUCUAACCAAAAAUUAGUUGAUGUGUAUUUAUCAAGUUUGUCAUUGAAACCAACCACUGAAUCCGAAUUAGAUGUGCUCAAUCUUUUAUCAAACCAAAAUGCUACCGGUCAAUUAUUAGAAUCAUUAUCUGGACAAGUUGAUUCAUUUAAUUACGAUCAAAACAAUUUCAACUACUACCAAAGACAAUAUCAAAAGGAGCAAUCAAAGAUCCAACAAUGGAAACAACAGAGAAAAUUGGAAAAUUUGGAGAGAGCAAAGAAGGGUGACAAGGAAUUAGAUACAGAAGAAUGGAAAACUAUAUUCAAAUUACCAAAUGAGCCUUCAAGAUAUAAUAAUAUGUUGUACAGUAGUGCUAUUGAUGUUUUAGCUGAUGAUAUUUUAAAGAAAUGUGAUGAGGAGUUAACUAAGAGCUUUGCUAUUGAAAGGAAAUUGACAGCUAAUGAAUAA